CGCGCUGAGCCUGGAAUAGUGCAAGAUUACGAUCUAUUCGACGAGCAGAGAGGCUGAGAGGCUCGAUGAGAGGCCUCUCGAGGCUGGAACUCGCAGCGCCAAAUUCGUUCAAACUGGGCCUAUAGCCUUGCACGGGCAAGGUCGGACACGUUCACGCUACCCAUAGAUCGUAGCGAAGUCGCACGGCUGCAGCAAAGCUGGCGUCGCCAGACCCAGCAGUGCCGGCGGCGCCGGCCGCCUCCCCAGUGCCGAGCCUCGCUGCGUCGGACGGCGACGAGCCGGUCCAGGCGUCGCCGCUCCACUCGCCGCUCCAGGCGUCGCCGGUCGCGACCUUCGACGACGCCGCUGCGGCGAUGUCGGUGGCGCCCGCGCCCGACGCGCCGGCCGCCAGCGCGACCGACGGCACCGUCCCAACCAACGGCGCCGCCCCCACCAACGGCGCCGCCGCACCUACAACGCCGCCGCUCCAGAAGCCCAUACCACAACGGCCGAGCGUCUCGCCGACGCCGACGGACGCGUCGAACACGCCCCUCGUGCCCGACGAACCCAGUCGAGAUGUUGAGAACCCCGUCGGCCUCGAGAUCUGGGACGACCACAAGGAGCCGCCCUGCUGGGAUGUGACAAUGUGGAACAAGGGCGACUUCAGCAACGUCGCCACUGCAGUAGUGCUCAUACUAGGUCUCAUCAUGCGCACCUCGCUCGGCGCGAGGAACGCGUCGGCGGGUUUUAUAUUGGCCUUUGGAUUAUUUGGCUUCGCGGGCGGCGUGACGAAUUGGCUCGCGGUCAAAAUGUUGUUUGAUCGCAUUCCGUUCCUCAUCGGUUCGGGCGUCAUCCCGCGACGGUUCAAGGACAUUUUAGGUGCUUUAAAAACGAUGAUCCUGGAGACGUUCUUCGAGAAGAAGUUUCUGUCGGAGUACCUGUCGACGCGGUCGGGUAAUCUACUGGAAAAAGUCGACGUGAAAUCAAAACUGCGCAAGGCCAUGGCCGGCGACAGCUUCGACCACGACCUCGCGCGCAAGUUAGAAAAGCUCGCGGCGACGCCGGACGGUCUUUUAUUACAGACGAUGGCGCCGAUGUUCGGGGGGUUUGACACGAUGGUGCCGAUGCUCAAGCCCAUGCUGAUCGGCAUCGGUGCGGAUCUGAUCGAGACGCUCGCUCAAAAUUUCGAUUUGACGGAGAUCGUGGACGUGGACACGGUGAGGGGGGAAAUCGACAAGGUGCUUACUGAGAGAAUGGAGACGUUGACACCAUUAAGGGUGAAAAGGAUGAUGGCAGCGGUCAUUCGAGAACAUUUGGGGUGGUUGGUCGUCUGGGGCAACGUGUUCGGGGGGUUGAUCGGCGCGGUGGUCUGGGUGUGCAAGUUCGCGGCGACGGGCGAGGUGGGGAUUUAAUUCUUGGUUUUUACUUAGAGGGUCUGCGCCGCCGACCACGCGGCGCGCGGCGUUCUUGCUUCCUCGU